AUGUCGUCCACCGACCAGCCGGCAUCGGAGGCUCACUCGGGUCCGACCACUUCUCCGCAGGAAUCUCAACCCCAGCCCCCAUCGCCCCAAGACGCCGAGUCUGUGCCAGCAAACACAGACCCCGUCGCGGCGGCUCCCACUGCUGCGCCGUUAGACCACCCUCAGCCAAGCGAUGCAGCUGCCGCGAACCACCCCGCAACCAGUGGCGAAAGCGCCCCCGUGACAGCAACCACCAGCACCUCACCCACACCCCCGAAUAACACCACAUCUCCAGUCGCGCUACCUCAGGAUUCGGAUGCGCCCGCAAUGCAUACCGAAGAACCUAAGCCUGCCGCUGAGCCCUCAGAGGAUCUGUCGGAUGUUGCCUCGGGGAAGGAAGUUGAGGACCCGGGCCCUUCUUUGGUGAUUACGCUGUUGUUGACGACGGGGUCGCGCCACCCGUUCACGAUCGAUGGGAAAUAUCUGCGGAAGUGCUCGGUCAAUGUCGAGAACUAUGAUCCGUUCGCGAUGAGUGUCUACACAUUGAAGGAAUUGAUCUGGCGCGAGUGGCGGUCUGACUGGGAAACUCGUCCCUCGUCACCGAGCUCCAUUCGUUUGAUCUCUUUUGGGAAAUUAUUGGAUGACAAGUCGCCUCUGUCUGACUCGAGGUUCAACCAUGAUGCUCCCAAUGUCGUUCAUAUGACUGUGAAGCCGCAAGAAGUGGUAGACGAGGAGGACGCCAAGGGAGCCAAGGCGCAGUACAGCCGGGAGCGUGAAGCCAGCGAGCGCAGCCCGGGAUGCCGCUGUGUGAUUCUAUGA